GCAUUGCAGAGGUUGGGCUAAGAGAGAGGAGGCCUCGCGAUCUUCCUCGUCUCGCGCGACUUUCUUUUCAAACGUAUUUCUGUCCCUGUUCUGCGUUGCUCCUUUCUGGACGUGGAAUUCCGGAGCUCUUUAGAGGAGGCCGACUGUCUGAGGCACUUUAAAAAUUUCAUGCCUGUGGAGUAGCAUUAUUAAGUGUGGAUUCCAUGUCUUUCCUUGUAAGUAAACCAGAACGAAUUAGGCGGUGGAUGUCUGAAAAAUUUAUUUUUGAGGGCUUAAGGGAAUUGGAACUCUUUGGAGAGCAGCCUUCUGGCGAUUCUCGGAGAAAAACCAAUGAGGCAAGUUCAGAGUCAAUAACAUCUUCCCCAAAGAGGGACACCAUGAGCAGUUACCUGCCUGACAUCAGCUGUUAUGAGUUACUGACCAUAAUAGGAAAAGGUUUUGAGGAGUUACUGACUGUGAAUCUGGCACAAUACAAACCGAGUGGGGAAUUUGUCACUGUCCGGAGAGUCAACUUAGAGGCCUGCACCAAUGAGAUGGUGGCAUUUUUGCAGGGUGAGCUUCAUGUCUCAAAAUUCUUCAGCCACCCUAACCUAGUGCCAUAUAAAGCAGCCUUCAUAGCUGACAAUGAAUUGUGGGUUGUUACAUCAUUUAUGGCAUAUGGUUCUGCUAAAGAUUUAAUACGUACACAUUUUAUGGAUGGUAUGAGUGAACUAGCAAUGGCUUACAUCCUUCAAGGAGUAUUGAAGGCUCUUGAUUAUAUACACCAUAUGGGUUAUGUCCAUAGGAGUGUGAAGGCCAGUCAUAUCCUGAUUUCUGCAGAUGGAAAAGUGUAUCUCUCUGGCUUGCGCAGUAACCUCAGCAUGAUCAGCCAUGGUCAGCGUCUCAAAGUAGUUCAUGAUUUCCCCAAAUACAGCAUCAAAGUCCUACCAUGGCUUAGUCCAGAAGUCUUGCAGCAGAAUCUUCAAGGCUAUGAUGCAAAAUCUGAUAUCUACAGUGUAGGAAUAACAGCCUGUGAGCUAGCAAAUGGCCAUGUCCCCUUCAAAGAUAUGCCUGCAACUCAGAUGCUUUUGGAGAAACUCAAUGGAACUGUCCCUUGUCUACUAGACACAACUACUAUUCCUCCAGAGGAGCUGACUAUGAAGCCAUCACGCUCUGGGGCUAGCAGUAGUCUUGGGGAAGGCAUGGCAGCCAGUAGUGCCAGAGCCUCUAAUGGUGAAGCAGCACUGCAUCCUUACCAUCGUACAUUCUCAUCCUAUUUUCACAACUUUGUAGAGCAAUGCCUGCAAAGGAACCCAGACUUAAGGCCAAGUGCAAGUGCACUGCUGAACCAUUCUUUUUUCAAACAGAUCAAACGUCGUGCAUCUGAAGCACUUCCUGAACUGCUGUAUCCUGUCAUGCCAAUUACCAGUUUUGAAGGGAUGCAGACGCAAGAUCCUAGUAAUAUAUUUGGACUGGCUUCCAAUCUGGAGCAGCUUGAGAUGGAUGAUUGGGAAUUCUAGGUUGCCAAUAGAAGAACAUUUAGAAAUAUUUUCUACAGACAUGGCUAAUUUAUUUAAAGCCCCUUCCUGUUUCACAAAGCAAUCUGUUCAUUACACUGUAGUUUGUCUUCCUUAGGAAGUUGAUCUAGCUGACAUUUGCAACAGAACGAAGCCUGGGAAUAGGCUUUGGGAGGGGGAAAUUAAUGAUACUGUGUUGAAUUCCAGUUCCAAGACAUGAUUAAAAUAAUAUACAGAGUGUAUGCUGCUAAGAGCUGCCAACAACUCUUAGUUGAAGGAGCGUGGCUCAGUCUUUUAACCAAACCAAAAUCUCUCUCGUCUUAUUAUUGGUCUGCCAGUGGACCCAAGGAACUGAAUGCCAGGCACUCUUAAAAAAUCAUCCCAGUAAAGAAUUUAUUUAGUAUUGCUUAAUAGCAGCAAGUAUCCCUACUGACAUAGGGUUAGAAUAUGAAGACACCUUGAAUCUGUACCUUUAAUAAAAGUAUUUUCUUGGGCACUCCUUUCUGUAGUGAAUUGUCCCAAAUUGUGUAGUAAGACAUCUGUCCAUUCUUCUUUAAUUUACUUUCUUAAUCAUUGUUGUUCAAUCAAACAUUGAGCCAAAUCUUUUCUGGCUAGCUGUAGCAGUUGUAGAUUGUAUGUGCUCAUGUCUUAAGCUGUAUUUGAUGAUCUAGUUUUCUUGCCAAUAAAAGAUUUCUGCAUUUUCACGAUGUUCUGCAAUAAAUGCUGCCCUUUAUGAACUCC